CCGAUCUCGGUCGAAAAAAACAAAACACAUCCAGUUUUGGGGUGGAUCAUUUGUUCUAUGUGUGCGUCUGAUAUGCCUCAUCGUGCAGCAGUUACACAUGCGGGUGGCAGUGAUUGGAGCUGGAGUCAUUGGUCUGUCAACAGCUCAGAGCAUCUACGAGGAGUAUCACUCUAUUGUCAAUCCGCUGUCCAUCGAGGUGUAUGCAGACCAUUUCACUCCGCUGACCACUAGUGAUGGAGCUGCUGGCUUCUGGCAGCCCUACCUGUAUGAUAAGGGAAACGUCCAGGAGACAAAAUGGAAUAAAGAGACUUUUGACUACUUGCUGAGCCACCUCAGUUCACCAGAGUCCAUAAAAAUGGGUAUUUUCCUUCAGUCUGGCUACAACCUCUGCACUGAACCAGUCCCAGAUCCCUCAUUUAAAGAUAUUGUCCUGGGCUUCAGACAGCUCACAGAACGCGAGCUGCAGAUGUUUCCUGGAUACAGUUAUGGGUGGUUCAACACUGCUCUCAUGGUGGAAGGUAAAACAUACUUGCCUUGGCUGAUGGACUGGUUGCAUAAAAGGGGGGUGAAAUUUUACCACAGGAAAAUAGAGUCCUUCAAGGAGCUGGCAAAAACUGGGGCAGACGUGAUCAUAAACUGUACUGGAAUAAGAUCAGGAGAGCUCCAGCCAGACCCGGACCUGAAACCAGGCCGCGGUCAGAUAGUGAAGGUGGAUGCGCCAUGGUUGAAGCAUUGGAUUAUUACCCACAACUUCACGACAGGAGUCUACAACUCACCAUACAUCAUUCCAGGGAGUCAUCUUGUGACAGUUGGCGGGAUUUUCCAGUUAGGAAACUGGAGUGAACAGAACAACUCCAACGACCAUAAGAAAAUCUGGGAAGACGCCUGCCAGCUCGAGCCCAGUCUCAAGCAUGCCAGGGUAGUGGAGGACUGGGCUGGCCUAAGACCUGUUCGCAGUAAAGUCAGGCUGGAGAAGGAGACCACACAGUCUGGUGGAUUUACAGUAGAGGUGAUACACAACUAUGGCCAUGGAGGUUUCGGACUCACCAUUCACCGUGGCUGUGCCAAGGAGGCAGCGAGGCUCUUCGGUGAGAUUAUAGGACCGAAGACUGGCCAAGGUUCAAAAGCUCGCUUGUAAAUUUGUGUCAUGGAGUAAUGUUUGGUGCACUCUUUUUUUUUUUUAAAUUUCAACCUCAGUGCCUUGUACCCAGAGGUGAACAAACUACUCUUGUCUAUACCGACACUGAAAGCAAACAGAUACUCAGUAUCAUGUAUCUUUGGGGUAAUUACAUUACUUUAAAACAAUGUAAUGUACAUGUAACAUGAAAGAGGCGACACUAAUAAGUCCAGUAUUGAUUAAGAGAUGGUUAAUUCACAGGUAAUAAAAUGGUUCUUAAAUCCAUAGCAGGUUUGGGUCAUUUAAAAAAGUAUAUAAUGUGUACAUAUCUUUGAAAAUGUCCCCAAUAAAUCUAGAAAAAGUAGUUGAACCUACUGAUGAUUAUAAGGGAUAAAAUCACCAUUUUAAACUUUUAAAAUAAUAAAUAACAACAUGAAUCCACUGCUCUUCUUGAAAGAUUAUUUACUAUAGUAUCAUACACAUUUACAUCCAGUGCAUUGCCAAGAAUCUGUGCAAACAGACACUUAAUGCAGCACUAUAUCUCAAACACGGGCAGGUAAGACUCAGCUUGGUGGACCUGUGCUAGUUAAUCUUUUAUUUUAUUUAUUUAUUUUUUUAAAUAAACUUUGUUCAGUGUGUUACUUGUAGAAAUAGACUGGGCAAAGUCUGUCUCCACAUCACCUUUGUUACAAACAAAAAGCAAAGACAACAACUAAACCUGGUAUUGAUACCUUAUUUACAGAAAGACAGAAAGUAACAUCCUGCUCAAUGGUUGUAUGUGCACGUGUAGGUCUACGCGUGCACAGUCUCAACGUCUGGUGAAGUAGAGCUAGAGAUGUAGCAUGGUUUAUAGAUUAUAACACCUUAUACUCAGGUUAAUGUCUUUUUUUUUAAAAUCACGUAAUUUUCAUAACUAGGGCGGAGUCAGGUUCGGGUGAUGAAAAUAUUCAGAUUUAAAUUCCCUAAUACUUCAGUGUUAACUUACAUAAUGUCCUCAAAUGCAGUCCAGGAUCUGUGUGCUGGAUGUAUAUGUACAUGUAAACUGUGUGAUAUAACUGAUGUUAUUACGCUCUGAUGAAGACUUCGGCAGAUUUGUCUGCUUGUUGUAAAUAAA